UGCAGGUUGUUUGGUUUCAGCUUUCAGCUUUCAGCUUUCAGAAUGUCCUUUGGAUUUUGUGUGGGGGUGAUUUUGCUCUCACUCCUGUGCUUUGGCCCACAAGCAAAAGCACUGAGCUACAGAAGUGAUGGCUCUGGGGGCCUUCAGCCUUCCUUUCCACGUAAAGGAAAUGUUAUUCAGUCGGGUAUUGUUUCAAGUCGUGGUAUUAAUGUGGGUUCUGCUCAUCAAGCUAAACCAAUCUACCAGACAAAGCCCCAGCAGCCGAGCUACCCGCAGCCUAGGCCCCAGCAACCUAGGCCCCAGCAACCUAGGCCCCAGCAGCCAAAGCCCCAGCAGCCGAGCUACCCGCAGCCUAGGCCCCAGCAGCCAAAGCCCCAGCAGCUGAGCUACCAGCAACCUAGGCCCCAGCAGCCUAGGCCCCAGCAGCCGAGCUACCAGCAGCCGAGCUACCAGCAACCUAGGCCCCAGCAGCCAAAGCCCCAGCAGCCGAGCUACCAGCAACCUAGGCCCCAGCAGCCGAGCUACCAGCAACCUAGGCCCCAGCAGCCAAAGCCCCAGCAGCCGAGCUACCAGCAACCUAGGCCCCAGCAGCCGAGCUACCAGCAGCCAAAGCCGCAGCAGCCGAGCUACCAGCAGCCAAAGCCCCAGCAGCCGAGCUACCAGCAACCUAGGCCCCAGCAGCCAAAGCCCCAGCAGCUGAGCUACCAGCAACCUAGGCCCCAGCAGCCAAAGCCCCAGCAGCCGAGCUACCAGCAGCCAAAGCCCCAGCAGCCGAGCUACCAGCAACCUAGGCCCCAGCAGCCAAAGCCCCAGCAGCCGAGCUACCAGCAACCUAGGCCCCAGCAGCCAAAGCCCCAGCAGCCGAGCUACCAGCAACCUAGGCCCCAGCAGCCAAAGCCCCAGCAGCCGAGCUACCAGCAACCUAGGCCCCAGCAGCCGAGCUACCAGCAGCCAAAGCCCCAGCAGCCGAGCUACCAGCAACCUAGGCCCCAGCAACCUAGGCCCCAGCAGCCGAGCUACCAGCAACCUAGGCCCCAGCAGCCGAGCUACCAGCAACCUAGGCCCCAGCAGCCGGGCUACCAGCAGCCGAGCUACCAGCAACCAAAGCCCCAGCAGCCGAGCUACCAGCAGCCAAAGCCCCAGCAGCCGAGCUACCAGCAACCUAGGCCCCAGCAGCCCAGGCCCCAGCAGCCCAGCAACAGUCUAAGUCAAAGCAAAGCUGGCAUGUGGGAUGCAGUUUCUCGUGGUUUUGACCCAGUGGAUACCAUGCCAAGAAGUUUUAGACCCGUGGUCGCAGGGAGUGGAGCUUGGCGUCGGCGCUAAAUGGUAUCUGAGCUUGUAAAAUGAGCAUUUUCCUCUUUACACAAUUGAAUCAAAGGUCUUAACUUCCAUCUUCUCUCCUCAGGUGACCUGUUCUUAAAGUCACAUUUUGAAUUAUUUUUUUUUUGAAAUUCAAUAAACACUUGGAACUACA